AUGACCCUUGGGACUCUACGCUUUGGUAACAUGCAUCGUACGAUGCGGGAGGACGAUUCUCAUCGCGGGGGUUCGAGCGGCAUCGGGUUCGCCAUAGCGCGAGCGUUUGGGCAAGCGUCCGCGUCGCGCAUCAUUAUCCUCGGCCGGCGGCCGGGACCGCUGCGGGAGGCGAGGGUGAAGCUCAUGACGGAGCUCAAGGCGGCGGGGUCAAAGGCAGCUCUGGGAGGGUUCAAGAGGGAGAAGAUCGAGAUUGACGUGUUGGUGAUGAACGCCGCUGCGCUUGGGGCGGACACGGUGAUACUGGAGAGCGGGGUUGAGGAUGUGUGGACGGAUUAUGUGACGAAUGUGCGGACGUUGCUGGAUUUUGCUUCAUUCUUCAGCAAGCAGGGGUUGUCCAAGUCCAAGAACAGCGGGGCGCUUCUUCUUCAGCAGAUCGCCAAGGACACCAAGGUCGAGGAUAUGCAAAUCAUCAAUUUCCACCCGGGGAGCAUCCUCACUCAGUCGGCACGGAGCAAAGGGUACACGGAAGACAAUUGGGCGUGGGAUCACGAAGAUAUGCCUGGCCAUUUUGCGGUAUGGGCGGCGAGCGCCGAGGCGAGCUUCCUUCACGGACGAUUCAUUUGGGCUAGGUGGGACGUGGAUGAGUUAAGGAGCGGAGAGCUGAGAGAGCGGAUCGACAAUGACCCGUACUUUCUGAAGAUUGGCGUCAUCGGGGCCACUGGGAACUGA